AUGAAUGCCGAACGACGUCAGACACUCAUUGCUGACUAUGGAGCUGAAAUAUUAGAAGAGUUUUGGCUAACCAAUUCCAUGUAUGUAAACAUGCUAGUAAAAGACAUCAAACGAUAUGCACGUGAACAGCAACAUCAUUACAUUCUUCUUCAUCCUGGUCAUGAAGAAGGUGGUAUAUGGGGAUUACAAGAUAUAAGUGUAGCACGUCAAGCUAUUGGUAGUGACUGGCUCUACAAUGCUCAAUCUUCUCUAACCAAUUCUGAAGAAUGUAUAGCAUUAAUUGAUACAGGUGUACGAAAAACUCAUACCAUAUUCAACUCACCAAAUAGAAUCAAUCGUACAGUUGAUUGUGUCUAUGGUGGUCCUUCAUGUGCAGAUACUAAUGUAAACCCGACACUGUAUGAUGCUGACGAUGAUUGUGCCUCUCAUGGAACUGCGGUAGCCAGUGUUAUUUUAGUCAAUUCGAAAGCUGGAGAUUCGCUACAUGGAAUUUCACCAGCUUGUAUUAAUUCUUAUAAAGUCUUUCAGACAGUGCACUCAUCGGGUAGUUCAACCUGUACAUAUUCCUUGUACAGCACAUGGGCUGUUACUGCUAUUCAAGCAGCUUUAGCUAAUGGAGAUCGAAUGAUCAAUUUGUCACUUUAUACUAACUGCGCUAUCAUCUUUGUUGCAUCGGGCAAUGAUGCUACUCAAGGUCAACAAAAAGCACCAGCACAUUCUAGCAAAGUUUUGACUGUCGGAGUGGUAGAUUUACUCAACUUAACAUAUACAGCUUCGUACCAAGCCUCGGGACCAACUUCUGAUGGUCGAAUCAAGCCUGAACUCCAAGCUCCAUCUGGUCUUUAUACUGCCUACAAUGGAUGUGGUGGUGCAGGAAAUUGGUGUCCAAUAAAUAACAAUGGAACAAACAGUGGCUUCUAG